CGUUUUCAGUGCUCGCUCUGCAUUUGUUUGUAUCCUCCUCCUCGCCGAGAUUAGAGGAAUACCUGUGUAGUGCUGCUUUUUUAUGAUUUCUGCUGAGCCUCAGAAUAGGUUCUGGUAUUUUUUUUAGGUGGACUGCCAGCUGCCGAUCUCGCUGUUGACGGUAAAAGCAGAUAUGCUCCUUGCUCACUGCCAUUAGCACUGACCAUGACCCUUCACACCAAAACCUCUGGAGUUACCCUGCUGCACCAGAUUCAAGGCACUGAACUGGAGACACUGAGCAGACCUCAGCUGAAGAUUCCCCUGGAAAGAUCGCUCAGCGACAUGUACGUGGAGAGCAGCAAGACAGGAGUUUUUAACUACCCAGAAGGAGCCACUUACGAUUUCGGUACUACGGCUCCAGUGUACAGCUCUACUACUCUCAGUUAUGCCCCUACUUCUGAAUCUUUUGGGUCCAGCAGUCUGGCAGGAUUUCACUCACUGAACAAUGUCCCACCAAGCCCUGUGGUGUUCUUACAAACGGCGCCCCAGCUCUCACCCUUCAUCCAUCAUCCAAGCCAACAGGUACCCUAUUACCUUGAAAACGAACAGGGCAGCUUUGGGAUGAGGGAAGCUGCUCCUCCAGCCUUCUACAGGCCAAGCACUGAUAACAGGCGCCACAGCAUCCGGGAGAGGAUGUCCACUACCAGUGAGAAAGGGAGCUUGUCCAUGGAGUCCACCAAGGAGACCCGGUACUGUGCUGUCUGCAACGACUAUGCUUCAGGCUACCAUUAUGGGGUCUGGUCUUGUGAGGGCUGCAAAGCUUUUUUCAAAAGGAGUAUUCAAGGGCACAAUGACUACAUGUGUCCUGCUACUAACCAGUGCACCAUCGACAAGAACAGAAGAAAGAGUUGCCAGGCUUGCCGACUAAGAAAGUGCUAUGAAGUGGGAAUGAUGAAAGGCGGAAUCCGGAAAGACCGCAGAGGUGGCCGAAUGAUGAAACAAAAACGUCAAAGAGAGGAGCAAGAUUCCAGGAACGGGGAGGCCUCUACGGAGCUGCGAGCUCCCACCCUUUGGACAAAUCCACUGGUGAUUAAACAUAACAAGAAGAACAGUCCGGCCCUGUCCCUGACGGCAGAACAGAUGGUCAGUGCCUUGCUGGAAGCUGAGCCACCCAUAGUUUAUUCUGAAUAUGACCCAAAUAGACCAUUCAACGAAGCCUCUAUGAUGACCCUCUUGACCAACCUUGCAGACAGAGAAUUAGUGCACAUGAUCAACUGGGCAAAGAGAGUUCCAGGAUUUGUGGAUUUAACACUCCAUGAUCAGGUCCAUCUACUGGAAUGUGCCUGGUUAGAGAUACUGAUGAUUGGCUUAGUCUGGCGCUCCAUGGAACACCCAGGAAAGCUUUUAUUUGCACCUAACCUAUUACUGGACAGGAAUCAAGGGAAAUGUGUAGAGGGCAUGGUGGAAAUCUUUGACAUGCUGCUAGCUACUGCUGCUCGGUUUCGCAUGAUGAACCUUCAAGGGGAGGAAUUUGUGUGCCUUAAGUCCAUCAUCCUGCUCAAUUCUGGUGUGUACACUUUUCUUUCCAGCACCUUGAAAUCUCUGGAAGAGAGAGACUAUAUUCACCGUGUUCUGGACAAAAUCACAGACACUCUGAUACACUUAAUGGCUAAGUCGGGUCUUUCUCUGCAGCAGCAACACAGAAGACUGGCUCAGCUCCUCCUCAUCCUCUCUCACAUCAGACACAUGAGCAACAAAGGAAUGGAGCACCUGUACAAUAUGAAGUGUAAAAACGUAGUUCCACUCUAUGAUCUCUUGCUGGAGAUGCUGGACGCUCACCGACUGCAUGCCCCAGCAGCCAGGAGUGCUGCACCGAUGGAAGAGGAGAACCGGAGCCAGCUGACUUCUGCAUCAGCUUCAUCUCAUUCCUUGCAGUCUUUUUACAUAAACAGCAAAGAGGAGGAAUAUGCAGAAUACAAUAUAAACAAAAGUCAGCGUAUAUAAUGGUAUGAGAAACCCAGCAGCAUACUACCUAGCUCAUGCUUCACUUCGUCUGUAGUGACACCUAUGUAAACACUCCAGCAACAAUAGUCACCUGCAUUUUCCAUUUGAGUGUUUGUCAACCGCUUGCCUAAGUUGAUUGCUUAUCCUAAAUGGAAAAUUUCAUUGCUAUGGACAGCCAGCAAGGAUUAUCAGGCUAACUUGAUUGAAAAUUUGCAGUGUUUUUAUUUAAUUUUGCAUGUAAGUUGGGUAAGUCCUAAUCUAAACCAAACAGUCAUUUUACUGUAAAUUAAUAGGCCAUACCUCCCAUGUGUACUGGUGUCUUCAUGAGUGGUAGCCUUUGUUGAUAUCUAACCCAAAUUCUGAGCUCGCUUAAUCCUUUACUUGCUUGAAGCUUUGAAGCAGUUUGGUAAAGAUUAUGGGUGACUUUUUUUGGAGGGUAAAUGGAAAGUUGUUUGGCAUCUUAGUAUGCUACAGUGAAACUGCACUACUAGUGACUGCUGUGGUAGCUUAGAUAGAUUCCUGCCUCUUCCUACAGUAGAAAGAAACCUCUGUCUGAGAAUAAUACUGUUUUUUCUUGAUGACUUACAUCAGCAGACAACUCCUCGAGAUCAUACGGACCAAACUUUUAGGUCCCUUUAUCAUAUCCUUUGGCUGAAUUGCAUUGUGUGCAUCCUUUCUUGUCUGAUCCUACAAAGCUAAAUAGUUCUGUUGCUUGGCAGCAUGUACAUCAAAGGCAACACAGCAAACAGUGGUAGCAUAGAUAAUGACUCUUAAAUCAGACCAGAUGAUUACAAAUACCAUCAGGUCUUUAAAAACAAAAUCUUCACAUGCAUACGUGAUCCAGCACCGCUUUAUUAAAAAAAAAACCUCCCCCACCCUUUGGUUUUUGUGCUACACACCAAGGGGUGAGGAUGCCAGUGCAAGACUGGCACACUGGGGUAGGAUGGUCCGAUCCCACUCAGUAGAGUGUGGCCUAGCUGCGUAUGGGAGGGCUGGUAUCACUGCCAGCACAGCAGGUUUUGCAUUGCCUUUGGCUUUGGCUCUCACUGGGGCAUGCUCAGAAAUCACUGUUAAGAGCCAGCUCACCUGUCGCACAUGAACUGGGCAAUGAGCCUCAGAUAUGGUGAAGACUCUGGGACUGCCUGUCCAGGAAGAUAAGUCUGCCUUUCUCUGUGCAUGUGUGUAACUGGUUUUCAUAAGGAUUAGUCUGACUCUUCAGACCAACUCUAAAUAUACACAAGUUCAAUGACAUCAAGAGUUUCAGGAAGACCCAAAGGAGAGAGACUGAAGAAAGCCAUACUAUGUGCUGUUUGACUGCUUCUACGCUAGAAAAUUAAAUGCAUCAGGGAAUGUUGCUGGGUACCGGAAUGCAAUUAUUACAUAUGCCAGGGAUAUUUUAUUAGUCUAAUGAUAAACUUCACCUGUGCUAUCUGCACUUCCGGUUUACAAGUGCAGUUUGGGAGUUAGCAUGGACCGGGGACUAUUCCAAUAGCUGGGUGGAAGCGACCACCCUGCCAGUACGACAUUUCAUAGCAUGUGCGUAGGCUGCUCCACCGCAGCUGGCCACAGUGCUAGAAAAGGCUUCAGGGAUGCCUUUUUUAUGGCUAUAGUUGAAACCUUUAUGUUAGAUUACAUUGAUCAGAAUAUCUUGUAGUAACUAAAUAUAGGAAAUAGUGUGACUAAUGCCAUACACGAGUGCCUAUGUCUAAUUACUCUUCCUGUUACACAAGCAGAUGCUGUGUGCAGUGAGAUCGAGUGACACAGCAAUCAUGAAGGCAGCAAGGCAUAGGAUGAGUUUGUGCUCCAAGUCAAGGAUUUGAUUCUUUAGUGAAUGUACAUAAUAAUGUCUAUAACAGUUUCAUGUACAUAUCCACGAGGAUACACCCAGUUUAAAAGUCUAAAGCUAGAUGCUACCUACGUUUGAGAAGAUUCCUCAGAAACUGUGCAAGCCUAAACAUGUGAAGCAAUCCCUGUAAGUUAAUAGGCCUUUUAUUGAUGCAUAUUAGAGUGUAACUUUUUUUCUGAAUGUGCUGAAGAAUUUGCCUUUUUCUGUGUUCAGUAAGAGUGUGUGUGUGUGUGUGUGUGUGUGUGUGUGUGUGUGUGUGCGCGUGCGUGCGCGCGCAAAUUUGGUACCUAAGGGCUUUUGGAGGGCUCCUAAAUGCCUUGAAAGAAAAUGCACAUUUUGUUUCGUUUAGUAGCUGGUUUUCAAAUGUGUUAGAAAAAUCAUGAAUUCCCUGAAGUGAGCAGAGGCUAAGAUCUGAAUGGAGCACAGGAAUCCCUGUAGUUACACUUAAUGUGCUUACACCAUCAUCAUUCAUUUGUAGCCCAGUGUGCAUUAGAGCUGCUCUUGAAAUACUGUUCGUGCAACUUGGUGUUCUCUGCGACAGAACACACAGAUCAAGUUCAUAAGCUCAAGGCAAAUUGGUUUAGAUGAAUGCCUCCCUUCCUACAGCCUAGAACAAUUCAUUACAUUGAUUCAAGUGUAAAUCUGGCCUAGAGGAAAAGAAAGUAGUUCAUGGAGAGCUAUUCACAACAGAGGGUCAGAUUCUGAUGGUACUGGCAUAGGGCAAGUACCACUAAUUUCCUGGUGAAGCUGGACAGGCAUCAUUUGAAGUGGUAUGCAGCAGACAGAAGGGUAUAGUAAUGUGUCUUGGAACAUAAGGAAUAAUCAGUCAGCUCACAAGCUUAAUUAUGAAUGCUUUCCUAGGCUCAGCCUCUGCAAGGAAGUAAUUUAGAUUCAGCCAGACCUCCUAUGUUUGUGGUGACAACAGUGAAGGGCACCCAAGAAAGAAAAAAAGUGGUUCCCAGUAAUACAUUGAUUUACCUUGGGGCAGUUUCAGGAUCUGUGUCAUUAACUUCUUAAUGAGAUUUUAACUGAAGCAGCACCUUAAUGAAUAUAGUAACCUUCCCAUAGUUAUCUAUGAAGAUGAUUGUCCACAUAUCAGACAGCAGAGUAUAGGUAUUCAAUUGAUUGAACAAAGUCUACGAUACAAAAAUGGGAACUUUUUCAUAUGUAAUUCUGAAUUAUGCUCUCAUGUAUGCAAAAAAUUGUGCCUGACAUUUGGUAAUUGUUAUUUCACAAGAUGCUAUUUUAUGUGUGUGUAUAUUUAUACAUAUAUACUUUAUAUUUGCAGCUGACAAACCAGUACUACCUGAAUACCUGGUGCUGGAUAUUGAAUGAAAAUAUAUAGCAUGUAAAAAAAAAAAUUAAAAGAAAACUAUUCAAGGCAGCUAAUUAUGCUUUUACCAAAACAUUCAUAGUGAUGUCUCUGGACAGCUGAUGAGUGAACUAUUUUAUAAUGUUUAUACGUGGAUUUUUAAAAAAAAAUAUCAAAAACCCAAAAAAACCCCUAGAAACAUAGACAAUGUAAUACCAGCACAAGCCAAACAGAAAUAGACCAGGUGAACUUGGUUUGUCUGGGAAUAGGGUUGUUACUGAACUAUUACAAAAAGCUUGGGAGGCAGGAGAGGAGAUAAGGUGAUGUGUAGCACUUUGUGGUGUCUGAGUUUUGAACAAUAUGUGAAAGCUACUCUGGUUUGUAGUGGUUCAAGCCAUGUCUCGAUGUUGCAGACUUUGUCUCAGGUAAAACUCCCAGUUGGGGCAGUAGAAUUUGUACUGGGGCAAAAUAAUUUAAUGAGAGUUUCUUGGUGUGUGUUUGUGGUAAAUUUACUAUUACGUUUCAGUGACACCUUUCGGUGAUUUUUCUCCUUCAGUACACUGAGGGGUUUAAUAAUUUAAAAAUAUGAUUAAAGAAAUAAUCUGAACUGAGCCCCCGAGGACAUUGCAAGGACUGUCAGCAGGUCACUGGACUUUAAAUUGAAAAAAAAAGAAAACCCAAACCAACUCUUUCAUCCAAGCCAGGGUUUGUAUCGGAGCCUCCAUCUAUUCCAACUGAUGUCAACCGAUUCCUUAAGAGUUGUGCCAAAUGUUUAAAAAGUACCAGCAAUGUAAAAAUUCUGCCUCAUUAGGGUCUCAGUCUUAUCACAGGCUUUGGUAGGAACACAGCAAGCCUCUCUUGUGUACAUAAUAUAUACACUCUUGUGUAUAAUAAAAAAAAUCUAAAAAAAAAAGUAUUUUGCCUUCAAAUGUGCCUAAAGAAACAAACAAAAAAUUUUUAAAAAUGUAGAUGCUGCCAUCUUGCAAAUUAGUAUGCUCUGUACUCCUGUGUGCCUAUAAUUAGAAGUCUGUUUCUUCAGAAAGUGCCCAUUGGAAAAUGAAGGGAUAGACUGCUGGUCACAAGACUUGCAUUAACAAGUCACUUUAUGUAUCACCUUAUUGUAUAUACUAUAAAACUAAUGCUUUUAUGUGCACUAUAUGUAGUCUUUCAGUGGAAAGUCCUUUCUUUGGUAUAGGCUCAGCUGCCACAAUGUAUUUGUUGAAGUAUUCUGUUCUUUCACUGAUGCAUAUAAAAUUAUUGAUGUCUCUGUGUUUUGGUGAGUUUUUUUCUUUGUUUUGCACCUAAAAAAGUUCUAAAAAAGUCUAAAUGAAAAAUGCGGUAGGCUACCUGAUUGGUGCAAGAUUUUUAUCAAUGGAUAUGAUGUUGAAAAUAAAGAAUUAACCAGA